GGACCAGUUUCGUUCGAAUCGUGAUUCGAAAAGGACGCACACCGUGUAAGUUUCGCGCCGAGUAGUCGAGACGAUUUUUUUUGCGUUUACUUGCAUAUCAACACGAACCUGCAAGGUCCGAAGGAUUGUAAAAAAUAGCGAACAGCCGUGUGAAAGCAGUGUUCCCUGCUACCAUCUUGCUUACCUGCUGCUGCACACCGUCGGCAACACCUGCGUUCAUGUUUUGGGUCAGCCCUUUCCCGUUACGUCGAAGUGCAGCGAGUGAAAAAAGGGCCUAAUGAAAGCAUCAUCGUUUCCUUCGGGAAGAGAAGUGGACAUACAACGGUUACCGCUCUAAUGAGGCUCCACCCCUGCAAUCACUCCACCGCUAUCGACGUCCAAAUCAGUGUAAGUGAUAUCGAAAUGAACAAUAAAACCAAAACAGCGUACGAUAACACCAACAUCGCCUCGAACGGUAACUAAGCAGUGAGAUCAACGUCGGAAUGAAACAUAUUCUUUAGGUUCACAUACGAGCUGAUACACACGAAUAACAUAUAUCAAAAGUGACAUCACCGUGAAAGCAAAGCGAGCCGGAGAAAUAAUCGAGAGUUUAAUGCCAGUGUAGUGUAGUGCCAGUGGGUUUGGGGUGGGACGUAGCGAGAGCGAGCCACAGUGGAUGCAAAAUUUAAUUUAAUGCCGAACAAAGCGAGGAAACUCCAUCUUCACCGGCAUCGUCGUCGCGGCGGUCCUCCUGGUUUCCAGCAGCAAACGUUUCGAAGUCGAACCGGCGGAAUAACGAUGAAGAGCUUCAUUGGAAUGCUUUUGGGAUUACUUACAAUAUCAGAAUCACUGGCCCUUCGGUUGACGACGGUCCGCAUCCCGACCUACAAAUUCCGUGGCGAGUCAGCGCUGCUCGAGUGCCAGUAUGAACUGAAUGGACAACAACCGGCCAUUGACACCGGCUAUGGGCACCGGCAUCAGCAGCAGCAACAGUGGCAAAAGCAACCAACAUCGACACGAAGUCGAACGCGGAAUGAUUCCCAAGGGGAUAACCGCUAUCCAAGUGUUCCAAGCUCUGCCGAUUAUCUAGACGAUUCGGACUUUGGUUUUGUUGGUGAACGAGACGAUCAAGAGCGGCUCUACUCCAUCAAGUGGUACAAAGACAACGAAGAAUUCUACCGAUACGUACCCUCAGCGAAACAACCAAUUAAGAGCUACAAAAUCGAUGGCAUCCGAGUGGAUCCGAACUACUCGGACGGUUCCAAGGUUCUGCUUAAGGUCCUAUCCCUCAAGUCAUCCGGUGUGUAUCGAUGUGAAAUUUCCGCCGAAGCCCCAAACUUCGACUCAGUCCAAGGCGAAGGCCGAAUGGAUGUAAUUUAUGUUCCCAAGGACGGUCCACACAUCAACGGUAGCGAACGAAGGUCCUACCACAUCGGCGAAACGAUGGAACUAAACUGCACUUCGGGGCGAUCCUAUCCCGCAUCGACGCUGCAGUGGUAUUUAAACGACCAGCUCGUGACAGACCCCGGCAGCAUCGUGUACUACCCGCGGCUGCUCAAUCAACACGGUCUGGUUACGAGCUUCCUGGGGCUUCGCAUGGUCGUCCACCCAAGGCACUACAUCGACGGGGUGAUGCGAAUCAAGUGUGUGGCCAGCCUCUCUCCGGUGCUGUGGCGGAAUGGCAAAGAAAGCAUCGUCCAGUGGGAACAACCGACGAUCGAUAACCGGGUGGCAAUGCUGUUGGUGAAAAGCAGCAGCUGCCGGUGGCUACCCAGUACGGGUCUCCUGAUGCUCUGUUCCGCUCUGCUGUACAUCAUCUGUGAAAGCUGCAGAAGCACCAACGGCUGCAGCCUGAAAGGGUGAUACUCUGAGCAGAGUGGAAGCACAAAGAAGCCAUCAUCCCAUCAGUACAGAAGCGAAACUCGGUUAAGGUUAGGAUUUACUGAAAGUUGCACUUUUUACAUCGGUCCAUAGAGGAGAAGAAGAAGUUUCGGAGAACUAAAUCAAAAGUAGGGUUAGGCAGGAGGUGAGUACAAGUGUAAGAUUAGUGUAAUUCAACAAAAACGGAGGGGCAAACAAAAUAAUUGAACUAGCAAAAGAAACAACUGAAGUGCGAUGAUUCACAUUGUUUAAUGCCUGUCGGCACCCGGCAGCCUAAUAUAGGAAAAGCUUUUUAUCUGAAAUAAGUUUCCCUCACCCUCCCCCCGGUGGUAGUCAGUUUUGUUAUCAUUCGCGUUGUGUAUAGCAUUUAGCCAACCGUGGUCCGGCACUGUACAUAAGUAACGUAAACCUCCACAGUAGACAAAAUUGAAGAGUGAUUUCGAAUUUGUUGAUUUUUGUAUAUAAAAAAAGUUAGCUGGAAAACAUUCCUAUAGCAAAUAUUUUGCCUGAACCUAUUGGUUGGAAA